AUGGUCUCGUCAGGCCCACUGCCACGCAUGUGCAGACCGUCACCCCCGCAAUCGGUGCUGUGCUGCACCUUCGUUGCUGUCAUUGCAGCCGUGCUUCUGCUCAAGGGGACACCGGUAUGUGGACACGACGGUGAUUCUGUGGAUGAGCCCCCUUCUGCCUCGACCGCUUAUACGGAGCGCACCUUUACUCUUCCCACAGCUGCAUCGCUGCUGGACGUGCUGGCGAGCGGUUCUUACAUCGCUACCGGUGGGGUGGAGGGAGGCAGCCGUGCUCCUUCGGGAUUGCCGCUUCCUACGCACCCUGUGCUCAUCCUCUUCACGGAGAGCAGUGCUGCCAACUCCCCCAUUGUCGACGCCCUGCGCGCGAAGGUGCGACAUAUCGCAACAGACAUGCCGUCAUCGGCACUGCGGGUGCACGAGUACAGGAUACCGAUGGGUGCCACUGAGCGUCGCCUUAUAGAGCUACUGCUCAUAGGCGCCAGUAGUAUACCAACACUAGCGCUCUUCCACGGACGAGUUGCAAAGGUGCAGGUGGCGCCCGGCGCCACCAUCGCGGCGAGCCCCUUCCAGAUACCUGUGUACUACUCGAGUAAGUCACUGACGAGUGCCAGCUACCUCGAGCUGCGUUCCUGGGUGCUAAGUGAGCUGCCCGCCCGCUACAUCGACCCCGUCACCUUUCACCUCAUGCCAAGUCUUCAGUUUGUCUUCAGCCCUUCUGAGGUGCGCGACACGCUCAAACUUGUCCGUGACUCUGCCGAGGCAAGCAUGUCCCGGUCUGUCCUCCCGGCAUUCGUGUCCAUGUUCUACAUGCGACUCACCAGGCAUGGCUCCGAGGAGGUGCUCGCUGCUCUUUCCUCUACUGCAACACAGGCCGGUAAUGCGCUGCUGACGUUGGUGACGGAGUCGUCGGUGGUCGCUGCGGCGUGGGGUUUACGCACAGAGCACACCUUUUCGAUGGCCCCGUGGUCCAGCACUGUUGCGGCGUAUCUUAACGAUUCGACAUCUGCUGGCUUUGUGGAAACCGUCUCGGAUCUGUCUCCACCCCAGUCCAUCGGCACUGUGACGGAGCUGGCGGAGGCGACUGCCGCCUCUGCCGCGUGGCGUGCUGCCUGCGCGGCAUCGGUGGGCGCCGAAGUCGCGCAGCUGCAGAAAUGGCGCCAGGCAAUGGAUGCCUUCAACACUACGAACCCGCUUCGCAAGCUCGACUCGGCAGCACACCUCCUGCACGAGCUGACAGCGCUGCAGCGGGCGAUGAAGAUCAUCUUUGUUCUGCGCGAAAGUGACGCUUUAUGGUUCCACCAUCACAUUGAUGUCGCGGCGGCGCUAGCGCGGCGGCUACAGUACACGACUGUGUUCUAUAACACGACACUCGCCAAAGGUUCGAAGGAGCGCAGCCGUGUUGAACGUGCUUGGACACCAAUCAUGCGAACCGAGGUGUUUUGGCUCGACGCUGAGCAGCUGCCGGCGGUGGCGGAAGGCCUGCAUGUGUCGCAGGUGCCAUCGGUUCUCAUAUUGGUUCCUCUGCAGUCGCGCUUCAAUGAUGGUGCCGCUACCGCCGCCGAUGACGACCAGGCAGCCGCUAAUGUGGCUGAGGAGGAGGGCCUGCGCAGCCGUGACCCGGUCCUCGGCAUCCACACGAUCAAUCAGUACGACAUUUUAAAGGCUACCCAUAUGAGCGACGCACAGGUGACUCAGGACACCGUGUCUGGCAAGGACGCGCUGCCGUUCUUCCCCAGUGACAGUGACACGCUCUUGCGUUUCUUUGCCAGUGGCAGCUUUAUCGCUGCGAUACAACACACCUUGAGCUCUACACAGCUGAGCACGUUCUGGGCAAGUGUUGCGGAGUCAUCGGAUGCUGCCCAGGCUUCUACAGUCAGCGGCGGCAUCCCCAACAGACGCUACCUCCGGCUGGAUCGUCGCUACUACCCCUUGGGGGCGGCGGAGGAGCCGCUGGAGGGACCGGAGUACGUGCGCGCGAUCCUGAACGGGUCUUCGCCGCUCCCGGUGCUCGGUAAUGACGACUCCGACACGGCGGCAGAACGGCACCAGGGUGGUGGAUGGAGUGGGACGCCUCUCCGCGGUACCACCUCAGCGUCACCAGAUGAGGCGGAUGAAAAGUCGCGCCGGCGACUCGCCCGUGAGUCUGCUGCGAAACUGAAGAGAAAGGCAGCGUGGGAGGCGGACUUGGCCAAGCGCCAACGAGCGAAGGCAGAGCGAAUGCGCCGCAAGGCUGCCGAGGAGGCAACAGAGCGGGAGCGGCUGCGCGAGGCUUUUCGGCAGGAGGUGAAGGCAGCUCUUAAGGCGGAGAUGGAGGGGUCUGGUGCUGGCGACACAUCGAAAUCGAAGCAGGAGGGCCUGCUGGUGCGUCGUCCCAGCUUGGUCGGUGCCUCUGAGGACUUCGCAGGAAGGAGGCACAGCUCGCGGAGGCCGCGACGCACCUCUGGUGAUGAAGAGGACGCUGAGGAUUCCGCACAGCGCCUGCGUCGGCGGCGUCGACAUGAGGAGUAUCGCGAGUGGCUGGACGACCGUCAGCGCAUGGUGAACCGCUGCGUCACGGUGACGGAGAAAAGCGGAUUCUCUGUGAUAACACGAUGGGAGUGA